GUUUGGACCUCAGACACGAGUUUGGCUGAGUGGACGAAUGAUUAACUCACACACACACACACACACACACACACACACACACAGAGGUUAAAGAGCAUUUCCAGAGCAGAGGAUUCGCUCAUUUUCACCGCCGUCCGUAGAGAGGAAGCACAACCUGAAUCAAAGCAGCUCGAUGGAUCAGUUAAUCAGCUCAAAUGUGAGAGAAACCUUGGAGAAAGUUUCAGCCUCGCUGGGCUGCAGUCCAACCUCAGCACAGGUGGCCUCGUACCUCGACGAACACGACUACCUGAGGCACCUGAGAGACGAGUUCCUCAUCCCCAAAAUUGCAGAUUUGCCUUGCACUGAUCUGUCACUGGUCGAUGGCAGCGAGGAGAGCAUCUACCUUAUCGGAAACUCACUGGGGCUUCAGCCCAAAAUGACCAGGAAAUACGUGGAAGAAGAGUUGGACAAGUGGGCUAAAAUGGGCGUUCAUGGUCACAUUUCGGGCAGUCGACCCUGGGCGUGGGCUGAAGACAACCUUGAAGAGCGCAUGGCCAACGUUGUUGGAGCUAAAACUGACGAGGUGGCUCUGAUGAACGGCCUGACGGUGAAUUUACACCUGUUAAUGCUGUCCUUCUACAAACCCACGGCCAAGCGGCACAAAAUCCUCUUAGAGGACAAAGCCUUUCCCUCAGACCACUAUGCUGUAGAAUCUCAGAUCAGGCUGCGAGGGUUUGACCCCCAACAGAGCAUGCUGCUGCUGUCACCCAGACCGGGAGAAGAGACUCUGAGAACAGAGGACAUCCUGGAGCUGAUCAAGAAGGAGGGCGACGCCAUCGCCGUGGUGAUGUUCAGUGGAGUUCAGUAUUACACCGGUCAGCUGUUCGACCUGGCAGCCAUCACUGAGGCUGGUCAGAGAAAGGGCUGUUAUGUAGGAUUCGACUGUGCUCAUGCCGCGGGGAACGUUGAAUUAAAGCUGCACGACUGGGGAGUCGACUUUGCCUGCUGGUGCUCCUACAAGUAUUUAAACUCCGGUGCUGGUGGAAUAGCCGGAGCGUUCGUCCACGAGAAACACGACAACACCAUUAAACCAGCGCUCUUGGGAUGGUGGGGACAUGACCUGAAAACUCGGUUCAAAAUGAAUAACGUGCUGGAGCUGCAGCCUGGAGUGAAGGGCUUCAGACUCUGCAAUCAGCCCGUCCUGCUGGUCUGUUGCCUGCAGGCCAGUUUAGAGAUAUUUGAGAUGACCGGUAUGCAGGCGCUACGCAGGAAGUCCCUCCUGCUGACCGGUUACCUGGAGUAUCUGAUCCAGCAUUACUACAGCGAGGACCCCACCCGGCCGCUCAAAACUCACGUCCACAUCAUCACGCCCUCUGACCCUCAGCAGAGAGGCUGCCAACUCUCGCUCUCCUUCUCCAUCCCCAUCAGGAAAGUGUACGAGCAGCUGCAGAAGAGGGGAGUAGCUUGUGACAUGAGGGAGCCCAGCGUGCUGCGGAUCGCUCCGACGCCUCUCUACAACACCUUCAGUGACAUUUACCGCUUUGUAGAAACACUGGGAUCCGCUCUCGCCAGCCACUAAAUACAGUUCAUGUACAUGUUUCUCGUGAAAAUACCAAUUCUGUCCUCUUGAAAUACAUUAAACUUUACCCUUUAUAUCUGGUGCUUAUAACAUUGACUUAUCCCUGAAGUGCUGGCAUGAGUUGAGUACUUGAAGGACUCAGCUGCUCCCACAGGCCAUGUGUGAAUUAUUCCUGGGCUCAGACGCCAGGCGAGAACGACUGGACACCCUAAACUGGACACGGCCGCAAGUACAGCUGCAAACCAACCCAUCACGCCACCGAGAUACCUCUGCAAUAUGAGCUUCUCUUUGAGUGCGUUUCACUCAACACUUUGUCUGCCUGACUUUAAAGAUUACUGAGCAAGACUCAAACAUGUUUUCUUAACGCCUCAGCCACAACAAAUGGUGUUUUUUUCAAAACUUUGAGGGUUUAAAUGUUUUAAAAUGAGUUGGCCUUUCAUCCUGAGGGUCAUGGGUUCAAUUCCCACACAAGAUGACAGUUUGUGGCAGGUUUCUGUUUAACAGUGGAAUUAAAGCUCUACUCGCACUGCUUUAGCGUGGAAUAAGAUCAUAACUGGGAAUCUGAUGAGUGUCAAAAUAAAGUGAGACUUGGAUGUCUUAAGAGGA